AUGCACGCUAUAAAAAGGCUAAUGGACAUAUUUAAUCGGAAAAGCAAGAGUACCGAACAGGAUACGUCUAAUUUGAUUGAUGAUUCAAUCCUUGCUCAACAGGCUCAAUUACUAUAUGAAGAUGAUCUGAAAAGUGGAGAGGAACGCCUUGCCCCGAAUAUUGAAGAAAUGGAAGUUUUAUCCCAUAUUUCUUUUGAUUAUGAGAAGUUAUGUGAUAUUUAUCUACGCGUUUCCUACAUGCAUAUUCAACGCAAAGAAUUCACUAAGGCUGAUCAAUGGUGUAGCAAAGCCUAUGAGUGGGCAAAUACAUAUAACGUAUUGAAUAAUCUUACGCUAACUCGUUGUAUAAAGAGAAGAGGCGAUAUAAAAAGACUGGAAGGUGAUUUAAGUCGUGCACUGGAAAAUUAUUCCCAAUCAUUAGAAGUCAAAAAUAAGGCGUACGACAUUGAUAAUGAAGAGACUAUUAAUUCAGCGCGAAUUAUUGGACAUAUUUAUUAUCUUCAGGGCAAGUAUGAUAAGGCUCUUGCACAGUAUUCUAUGAUAAUUGAAAACAGAUCAUUGUGGCUUAAAAAUGAACGUGAUGAAAUUAUUACUAAAGAUUUUGCCUCAGCGGGAUUUGCAUGUAUUAAGCUCGGAAAGUUUAGUAGCGCGCUUGAAAAUUUUCAACGCUCUCUCCAUUUAAGCCUUAUGAUCGAUAGAGAAGACUUAGCUGCUGUAUCCUAUAAUCACAUUGCAAGUACUUAUGAUGAUCAAGGCGAGUAUAGUAAAGCUAUUGACAGUUAUAACGAAUUACUGAUCUCUUCCAAACUUGAUGAUAAUCAUCCCAUUUUUGGUGAAACGUAUAACAACAUGGCAAUUGUCCACUGCCAUCAAGGAAACUUCGAUCAGGCUUCUACCUUAAUUAGCAAAGCGCUUGAAAUUUUUCUACCGAAAUUGGAUAAGCAUCAUCCCCAUAUCGCUUUGGUGAAAAAAAAUUUAGCUCUCAUUGUGUCUUAUCAACAAUCACAGGAUCAUUCAGCAAAUAAAAGCAGCGAUAUUGCUAUUCAUGAUUUGGCAAAAAUUUUGCAAAAUAACCCUGAAAAUUAUCGAACUUCAUUGCAGUAG